AUGACAUGGAACAGCCAACCCAUCAAGCGAACCAACACAAACAAAGCCGGAGCAAGUCGCAUUGGUGCUCGCUUGCUUGAUGCAGCCGGAGGCCUGGGACUUGCACUUCAUUACCUUUGCAGCACAAUGGGCGAGUCCGCUCUACAGAUUAUCUUUGCCCUGACGCCCUUGACUGUCUCUUGGUACAUCAACUUUGCAUUCGAAAUACUUCUGAAGGUCUUGUGUGAGCUUCCAGAAGCUCGUAUCGAAUGGCCAAACGCUGAAGCAAUGCAAGAAAACUCAAGACUCAUCAACGCGAAGCACGCCAACGCUCAGUACCUGGACGGUGCCUUUGGCUUCAUGGACGGAUUGAAUCUACCCGUGACAGCAAGUAGUAUCGAUAUCGAACAGAACGCAAACUACAACGGCUGGUUACAUUCACACGUAGUCAGCAAUGUGAUCGUCUUCUCUCCUGAUGGUACAAUAAUGUCUGUUGUUAUCAAUGCGCCUGGCAGCUGGCACGAUUCAAACGUUGCGCGGCCAAUUUAUUUGUUCUUAAGGGACGAUACACCAAGCGGCUUCUUUCUGUUAGCCAACAGCGCAUUCCCUAAGCUUGGAACCGGCAAGGCGCAGAAGAUCAAAGUCCCGCUGAAGUCGGGCGCUUGGAUUCAAGGAACUGACGAAGAACCGGUCGAGUGGGGAAUGCGUGCUCUUCAAGGAUGCUUUUCCCGUCUCUAUAUGCCAAUGGACACUCACAAUAUUGAAGGACGCUCUUGGCUCUUACAAAUAUGCAUGCGACUGCAUAACGUUCGUACACGUAUGGUUGAAAUUAACCAAAUUCGUAGCGUUUAUAUGCACGUCUGGGGUAGUACCAAGGAUAUGACCAACGACGAACUUUUUGCCCGCGCUUUUUGGUCUGAUCGCAUACUCAAAUAUUACUUAGACCGCGGCCUUCAACCAACAUGA